UCCUCAGAAACUGAUCUACUCGCAUCUUUCUGGUGACUUCUGACCGGAUUGUCAAUAUUGUUUACGUUUGAUGGAUUAGCUAUAGAACAGACACAGCUGUAUAAUGCAGUAAUUCAUUAAGACCGAUAAAUUAAGAUAUAAAACACGGCAUAUCAUCCACAUACUACUGUGUGACUGGGAACGCAAUUAUAAAUCAGUGACGGUGGGUAUUGAUUUCCCCACAACUUAAACUCGUAGAAAGGGAACACACCUUUGUCACACAUCAAGGACAAAUGUCAUUUGUUUACCUUUAGAACUCUUAAUCUAGGAUUCUUGUAAAUAACGUGUGUAAUGAGAAGGAAUUAGUGUUUAAACACCGUAAGCUGGCACGUGUCAGGGUGAACACACAUGUGAGAGAUUAGUGUUUAUAUUUUCAUUUGAGCCAAGAAACGGGAGACUGGAGAUUUAGCGACAACUACUUAGUUUACGGCGGAAGUUACGACGUUACGACACACACCCCUCCGGCGCCCAGCUCUACACGGCCUGACGGUGAAGCGCCAAUGCACGGCCUGUUGUUUGUGUGUAUUAGGUACCUAACUCUUCACAGCGGAAGAUAUAUACAGACCAGGAAAUGAUUUUCUGCAUCUGUCGGUGCCUCUGGGUGAAGUGUGUGUAGUAACAUCUUACAAGGUGGCUUUUGUGACUUCGUGUUUGUGUCGUUUGCUCUAGAAACAAUCUCUGUCAUGCUCAGACUAGGAGUGUAAUGGCCAGUCCAAACGACUCUCUGCUGCACGAUGUCGUCUGCGCCGAACCAUCUGCAGAGCGACAAGUACACAAUGAUGGUAGGAAGGGAUGUCACUGUCGGGUUCUACAGAACGCUUAUAUGGAGGAGGAAGACGCGUACAACUUUAUAUGUCACGUGAACAACUCCUUUAAUAAAUCGGUGCUUGGUUUGUCCAUGCUGACGAUAGGACUGGCCAUUUCCGUUCUGUGCCUAACGUUCGGCAUAAUGGAGUUCAAUAACUGCCCCUGUGAACCUCUUCUUCCGCUGUUUCUGACUUUAAAUGGUGCUGCAUUGAUGUUAAAAUGUUUUCUACAAGGUGCCCGUAUAAUGUGCAAUAUUGUCCCCCCUGAAGGGGAAAGACACUGUCUGUACACUGUCACCGACAUGUUAACGUUAUUUCUCGUGUUUUGGGGGUUUACAGGCGCAGUUUUGGUGUACAAUCUUCUGAAGAUCGCCCAGACGGAAGACGAACACGCCGUACAUUACUGUGACUAUCAUCUCCUCAGCAUCGCUAUUGCCGUUGUCACGGUAACGUUCGUCCUCAUCAUCUUCACUGUCGUCUGCUACGCAAUCUUGUGGUUUAUUCACGAUAAAAUGGAAAGUUCUGAGAAAUUCAAAGACUUCAUUAUAGAGAGUGAACUGGACAGGCGGAAGUCAUCGUUAUGUGUUGUGAGCGGAUGAUGGACCCCUGUACAACUCCAUCAUGCCUUACUCAGAUAAUAUUUUGUGGAAGUUCAUCUUGCCUUUUGUUAUUGCUCUGUGCUGUUUGUUAUAUUUUUGCAAAAAAAUAGGAAAAACACA